AAGAUAAAAAUAAUCUGAAUAAAGCCAGAGAAAAUAGAAUUGAUGAACUGAAAAAAACACAAACUGAUGAAACAUAUGAUAAAAUCCGGCAAAGUAUAUCAAGAGAAACAGAUAUUGAUAAAUUGAUUAAUAAUGGAUACUGGUACAAUCAAAUACUAAGAAAUCAAGAUUUAACCGAAGAUCAAAAAGUUAAAUUGAAUAGAGAUAGAAUUGAUAAAUUAAAAGAAUUAUCUGAUAAAUACUAUGAUCAAAUCAGUAAAGAUAUUCAAAGUACCGAUGAUUAUAGACAACUUAAUGAUUCUGGUCUGAUUGAUCAGAUAUUACAACAAAAAAGACGUGGACGUCUCGAUCUAUUCUUAAAAGAAAAAGCGUUAAGUGAUUAUGAUAAUUACAACAAACAAAUUAAUAAUUAUUACAAUUGGCAAUUGGUUCAUCUAUUAACAAAUGAUAGUCCGUUGACAAAUAAUAUAAUGAACCUGAAUCAAACUUUAUUGUCUCCAGAAAAGGAUAAAAAUGUUCUUAUCGAACUUAGAAAAUUGAAAUACAAUAAUUUACUUUACGAUCUUAUAAAAGAAAACAUGGAAGAAGACACUGAUAAAA